AUGAAUAUCGGGAGUCUUUUGCCGAAGCCGCCGGGGAAGGGGGUUGGUGAUAAUCGAGGGGGGGAUUCUUCUACGGGUUCGGCGGUUGAUGCAUCCGGUGGGGAUGGUGGUCUCGUGGGCCAAUUGAGUUCGAAUCCGCUAUUUACAGGAGGAGUAGGCAUAAUCCUCCUAACCGCAGCCGCACAGCUCGCCCGCAAGUCGUUAACGAGCCUGAGCACACACCUCCGAAAUCAAAUGCUCGUGACGCUGGAAAUACCUUCGACGGAUAAGUCAUACGAUUGGUUUCUGCACUGGAUGUCGCAGAACUCCUCCUCCUCUUCGUCGCCCCGGUCGACGUCCAAAUCGUUGCUGGAAUGGAUGACGACCUUUCGCCCAGCCCCGCGACACCUCGCUGUCGAGACGAAAUACAUCCGGCACGCCUCGGGCGGUAUUUCCACCGACUUCACACUCCUGCCCGGCACCGGUCGGCACUUGCUGAAUUUCCGCGGGAACUUCCUGAGGGUUAAUCGCGAGCGCGACGCAAAGCGGGUGGACCUCCAGCGCGGCACGCCCUGGGAGUUAAUCACCAUAACCACCCUCUUCGCAUCCCGGAGCGUCUUCCCGGCCCUGCUCCAGGAAGCCAGGGACCUGGCCGUGAAGCUGGAGGAAGGCAAGACAAUAAUAUACACCUCCUGGUCAACGGAGUGGAAGCCCUUCGGCCGACCCCGGCGUAAGCGGCCGUUAUCCUCCGUUGUGCUGAAGCCAGGCCUCAGCCAAGAGUUACUCACCGAUGUAAAGUCCUUCCUGAACUCUGCCCGCUGGUACUACGAUCGCGGGAUACCCUACCGACGGGGAUACCUCCUUUACGGCCCACCCGGCACGGGAAAGAGCUCGUUCGUGCAGGCGCUAGCGGGCGAACUGGAUUAUGGCAUUUGCUUGCUGAAUCUGAGUGAGCGUGGGUUGACGGAUGAUCGAUUGAACCACUUGCUGUCGAAUAUGCCCGAACGGAGUAUUGCCCUGUUGGAGGAUGUCGACGCCGCCUUUGGCCGCGGGAGGGCCGUGACGGAGGAGGAUGGGUAUCGCGGCGCGAACGUUACGUUCAGUGGGCUUUUGAACGCCCUCGAUGGUGUCGCGAGUAGCGAGGAGCGGAUCGUGGUCAUGACGACGAACUAUCCGGAGAGGCUGGAUGAGGCGCUUGUUAGGCCCGGGAGGGUUGACGUUAAGGCUGAGAUUGGAUACGCGGGGAGGGAGGAGGUGGAGGUUAUGUGGGAGAGGUUCUAUGGCGGAGAGAGUGUAGAUGGAGUGGUUGGUGAGGAGGAACUGGCUAGGAGAGGGAAGUUGAGGGAGGUGUUUGUGGAGAGGUUGGAGGCUGCAGGAGCGUUUGAGGGCAGGUGGGGGGUUAGUGCUGCCAGCUUGCAGGGGCUUUUCGUCUAUUUUAAGGGAAAGCCUGAGAGGGCAGUAGAGAAUGUGGGGAGUUUGGUGCCGGAGGGGUUUAGGUGA